AUGGAUGACACAAAAAGCGCCUGGCAACAACAAGCACCCCCCCCCCCACCGCCAGAGUAUCAGCCAUCACCGCGAUCUGAUCUACCCUUCUCAUCCUCAUCACUGUCGAUUGCACAAAGCAGGUUUCAGGAAAAGAACAUUGUAGCAGAGGAAGAACAGCUACAGAAAGUAGAGGAUCAUAAAAGCUCAUCCAGCAAAUGGAAACUUUUUCUCCGCAUUCUCCAAUUGUUUUGUAUAGUAGGAUCAUUUGGAUUUCAAGCAAGUGCCAAUGUAUGGUCUGGUAGAACUUCAGUGCCAUUCGACAAUGUCGCACUACUCUAUUUCUUUUACGGCAUUGAAUGGGCCACCUUCAUUUGGAGCUCAUUUUGUAUCUAUGUUCAUGUGUCCUUGCGAUUCGACAGCAAGCAUGGUAAUAUAAAACCAGUAAUUGGGUUAGCCAUGGAUACACUAUUAGCUGUGCUACUGGGUAUAGCCAUUAGCAUGGAAAUUGGUGCUUAUACAUGUCCUGCUGGAGGAUUUGAUGGAUGGUGUAACUUUUAUAAUAUGGGCGUGAGCUUUGGAGUGCUUCUAUUCAUCACAUUUAGUGCCAAUGCUCUAUGGGAUCUCUUUUCUGGACUUUCUUGUUUGCGCACAAAAUGA